UCUGCUCAAAGCUAGAGCAUUAAGUGCAAAAAUUAUUUACAAAAAAAUCUACUCAAUACAUGUGGCACAGUAACUUUUUAAAUACUAUUUGAAGCAUCUCACUUUUAUUUAUUUCUCUAAGUGACCCCAUGAUUAAAUUGUCAAGCAUUCUUGAGAAAGUUAAUGUCAAACCUCGUAAGAAUGCUUUAACCGUGUGUUAUUGUCUUUUCAACUGACAUGAAAUGUCCAGUUUAAUUAAAAUAUGGAUAACUUAAAAUUCAAUUUUCUCUCGUGGGUCAGCGUUAGAGCCAAUGUCCCAAUAAGUUCCUAACUGUAUUCAAAAUACUGGUACUACAGUUCUAACUAUGCAAUGAGGUUUUUGUGGUAACUUUAUUUUUCCAGUAUUGCUCAAAUGUUCAGCUGAAAUAAUCUUCAUACAAUCAUCGUAAGUGUGGCCUCAGCUAGUCCUAAAAACAAACCUUGUCAGAAGUUGGCCAAAUGAAAACCGAGGUCAUGGGUUUGAAUCUCACUGAGAUCAAAAUAAUUUCUUUAUUUUGUGUAAUCCCAAAGUUCUUUUCUUAGGGCUAAUACUCAGAAGUAAAUUCAUGGAUCAUUUCCAACACUUUAAAUUACUGUAAAGUUAGUCCAGUCUCUAAUGUCCUCGUGUAGUUAGUAAUAGGCUGUAUGGCUCAAUAUUGCAUUGCCAUUCACACUAGUAAAAAAUUAAUAUGUUGUUUUCUUCAGGUAGUGGUUCAAAAUAUUGACUAUGGCUGGACUGAGACAGUGUGGCUGAAGUGUUUGUGUGAGCUUCCUCCAGGUUUUAGUGACCUACCACCGCAAGUAAUGCAGUCUAAGCUUGCAGGAAUACAAAAAAGGCCAGGGUUGCAAAUGUAUCCAGACACUGUCAAGAAUAUGUUAAUUGCUGUGAAGAGAAAGAGAAAGAUGUUACAAGCAUCAGUGGUAAAGCAUCAAGAGGAUGGCAUACUCCUGGUUGAACUUUUUGAAUCUGAAGGGCCAAGUCUGAAUGUUCAGCUAUUAAAUAUGGAUUGUGUUCAGCUGGAUGAAUCUCUGCAGCCUCUUUUAUGUUCAAACUUUGUGUCAGCAGGAUUGAAAGGUUGUGGUUUGUUACAAAACCAGAGAUCCAACAAUCUCCCUAUCUCAGCUAAUCAAAAUCCAAGAUUGCACCCACAAACGAAAAGACUGGAUCAUUCUGUUGAAGUGCAGUCAGAUCACUCGGAUUGGGAAGACAGCUUGCUGGAGAUAGAGGAAGGCUGGAUGGAAGCUACACCUUUCACAGGGGCUCAUAAAAAUGCACUUGAAAGACAAUCUCAGGAUUAUCUCUAUAUGCCCCCACCACCUACGAUUCCCUAUUCUUCAGCAGUAUUACCAAGUAGUGGUCUUCCUUCUCCAGUGGCAUCAGCAAGUAGUGUCUCCUCUGAUGUAUGCCCUUCUUCCUCAACAAGAUUAUUGAGUAGCAUGCCCCUUGGCCAACAGCCCCCUUCUUCAACUCUAGCUUCACCAACGUCAACAUCAGCAAGUAAUGCCACCUCAAAUGUACAACCCCUUUCCUCAAAAGGGUCAGGGAGUAGUGUGCCCCUUGACGUACACUCCCCUUCUUCAUUGGGAUCAGAUAGCAGUGAUGUGCAUGGUUCGCACACAAGCUUAAAAAACUUGUCUAAUGUUGUGGAGGAGUCAAGUGUCUCUGACACUGUUAAUGGAACUGCUUUAAGUAGAGAACAGAAAAUCUUACAGGACAAACAGUUAGCCCAAAGUUGUUUAGAAAAGGAACUAGUAGACCAGAAAGAUGCUGAAGACUGGUGGCAAGAAAAAAGGGAACUGAUUGAGAAGGAUGAAGAGCUGAAAAGGAUCUUAGACAUGCCACGUGCUGAGAUGAUGAAGAUGAUAAGUUUAAGGCAGGAAAAGGAAAAGUUGGAGAGGAAAAUCAGGAUAAAAGGACUUGAAAACCAGAUAUUGAAACUGCAAAAGGAACUUAGACAAUUAGAACUUGAAAAAGGAGAACUUGAAGGGGAAAGCAGCUAAAAGUGAUAUUAAUAAUAUUUUUUUGUG